AUGGGUCUUUUGCUGACCAGCGCUGUUGCUUUGAAGUUCGACGGGGUGGUUUUCAGUUCUGAAUGUGUGGAUCCGUUCUGCUACAAGGUCCUCGAAGCUUCCCAGGCAGUAGCAUGGACUCUGCCUUACAGAAGCUACGCCACGACCCAGCAGCUGGUGGAGCUGUGUGACAGGCAUCAGCUGCUGCUAUGUGCUGCUCAUGCCGGCGGAAAACCUGUGUCAGAAGUGUCGCAGCUCUCGUCUGACCGACGCGGCUUUUGCUUGGUUGUAGGCAACGAGGCUGAUGGCAUACGCGCAGAACUUCUGCACAGCUGUGCGCAGGUGGCAUUGCCCAUGUCAGAGCUGGUUGAGUCUCUCAACGCAGGUGUUGCUGGUGGAAUCUUGAUGCAUGCAUUGACGUGCGCAUGGACCAGACACUGGUAG